AUGUCAUCUCAAGCAGCACUACAAGAAGACCAGCUUCUCGAGCUCCUUCUGCAGCUCAAGAAGACAACACCAGAGCAAGCUCGCGUCAUAUUGAACAGCCAGCCACAAAUUGCCUAUGCGUUAAUGGCCGUAAUGGUCAACGUCAACGCCGUCAAUAUGGACGUCAUCCAGAAAACACUAGCAUCAUACGGUGCACUUCCAGCAGCCUCUUCUACUGCUCAAGCACCACCGCCGGCAGCCCCAGUCAGUGCACCUCCUGCCUCUGCCAUUCCUCCCCACCUUGUGUCCCAGCCACCACACCGCGGGGCCACACCAACAUACCCCUCUCAACCACCCUCUUAUCCUUCUGGUGGCUACCCUGCACCUGCACCUGCACCUUCUGCCCCUCAGUUCAAUGCUCCGACAGGCCCGUCAGGACCUGCCUCAUAUUCACAACCGCCUCAAGCACCUGCUGGCAUGAUACCAUCUGCGCUUGCGCCGGCGCUGGCCAACAUUCCAGACGACCAGAAGGCGCUGAUAUUGCGGGUGAUAUCCAUGACUCGCGAGGAGAUAUACCAGCUACCGUAUGCCGAGAGAGAGAAUAUCAUAAAGCUGAGGGCUACACUAGGGUUGCAAACAUAA